UGAUAGUGAAUGUACCAGUGUGUAUGAAGGAACUGCAGAUGCUGGUUUAAAUUGAAGGUAGACACAAAAUGCUGGAGUAACUCAGUAACAAAGUCUGAAGAAGGGUCGCAACCUGAAACAUCACCCAUCCCUUCUCUCCAGAGAUGCUGCGUGUCCCACUCCAGCAUUUUGUGUUUACCUGGUGAAUGUACCUUCUGAGCAAUUGAACAAGAAUGAGCUGAUCAGGAAGAAUUAGUGUUGGUUGAGAAGGAUAGAACAUUGCUUGCUUUGACCAGCUGCUCACUUUGAAAAGGCCACUUGCGUGGUCUAUAGAUGUUUUCUGUUUGGGCUUCCUGAAGGUGUCAUGAUGCACUUUUCAAUAGAAUGGUGAAAACCUACUUGGGGAAUUUUGUGAUAUGAUUAUUAAGAGAGUGGUCUGGGCACUUAUUGGAAUUAUGCCACUGAUUAAGGACAAAGAAUCAUAGAAUUGUUAUGACGUUCAGCCUAUUGGGUCCACAGGUGGAGCAGCUAUAUAUCAAUCCUACCUACAGAAUUCACUCGUUUUUUUCCAUGAAAGUUAUUUUCCAUAAAUGGCCUGUUUAAUUUCUUCUGAUUCUGAAUAUUUCUAUUGCCUUUGCUAACUGCCACUUUUUGAAAAGGGUUUUAUUCACUAUCCUGCUGCUCCCCUUCCAUCCAAUCAUCUUUCUUCUGUCUCUUUGAAUUAGUUUUCUUAUAAAAGUUCCUGAAUUGGAACAACUUGCUCUCUGUUUUGCCCAGUCUGAGCGCAUUGUGAUCUUGUCCACCUCUCAAACCUCCUCCACUUGACAAAGCUGUUCUCCUCAGAGCAGUGAAAUAUUAAAAAUUGAAUUUGUAGGUCUGUUCAUAAUUGAGAACUCAAAGUGGUUCCAUUAGUAUGUCUGUUGGUUAUAGGAAGGUGUUGAUUUAAGAUAAACUGUGACAAAACCACAGGUAAAUAUGAAGAUUAUUUAGUACUGUAAACCAGGAAUGCACGGCCUGAAAGGAUGGCAGAUGCAGAUUCAGCAGCAACUUUCAAAAGGGAAUUGGCAGAUAAGCUCACAACAAAAACAUUUGCAGGGUUAGGAAGAAGAGGAGGGUAGUGGGAUUGAUUGGAUGGUUCAUUAGGAGAAUCUGGUCAAGUAUGUUAGGCUGAAGGGUCUUCUGCGCCACAAGGCGUUAACCUUGCACCGUAAGGAUCAAAAUCAUUGAGCACUUGAACAAAAAUUGAUGAGCAGAGAGAACUGACUUCUAUUUGCUUUUAGUGAUGAAUAUAUUUAGAUCCGCAAAGUCUGUUCUCCUUUGCAGUAUCUGGCUUCUUACCAUCAAUAAAAUAUUUCAUAUUUUCUUCCUUGGGUUCAAAAUUAACUAAAUUUUCGAUUGUUUUGUUACGUGGAACAAAUUAAUAUAUUAGUUUUGUUCUCAGUGGAGCAAAGAUGGCUAAAAGUUUGGUGUUUGAUAUCAUGAAGGUUUUAUAUGGAAAAGAAAAAAACUAGUUUGGCUGAAGAGUAGAAAAGUUGAAUGAGCAAAUUUAAGGAUACUAAGAGGAAAUUGUCUGAUUAAUAUAGAUACAUCUUCCAUCAAGGUCACUGCCAGGAUAAACAUGUGAGUGUCAUAAUGGACUUUGUGAUAGUGUUAUAUCCCAGUGAAAAAGGACAGCAAAAACAAAUGUGUGUAGAAUUGUACAUAGGAAUUGGGAACUCAAGCACCUCAGACUACCUCUGCCAUUUAGUACAAUCAGGGUUGAUUGUAAAUUCAAUUCCAUGUUCCUGAUUGCACCUUUUACCCUCUUAACAAGAAUUUAUCUACCUCUUUAAAAUAUUCAAAAAUUUUGCUUCCACUGCCUCUGGGGAAGUGGUCCAAUGAUUCAGAGAACAUGUAAUCUGUUUUAAUUGGGUAACCUUUUUUAAAAACAGUGACUCCUUGUUCCUAGGUUCAACACAGGACGAAGUGUCCUUUCCACAUCCAUCCUGUCCAGACUUCCCAAGAUGUUAUGUUUCGAUCAAGUCCAUUCUCCCUCAUAAUGUCAGUGGAUACAAGCCUAGUCUGUCCAACCUUUCCUCAUGAAGCAUAAUCCAGCUCCUGAACAUUUCCAGAUGUACAAGCAAAUGGUCCUAGGAAGAGACACAGGAGUUGGUUUUGUAGCUGGUGAAGUUCCAGGCCAUCAGACAGACAGCCAGAUUACAAUGGGCAUCUCCUGGCAAGCCUGAAGAUACCAGAGCGAAGGAAUGGAAUUGAAUGGUUGAAAACCCUGGUCUUGCGUUGAAGUACAUCACUUUCAAACAAGAAGCUGCUGGGGUCCGAACUGCGCAACACCGCAGCAUGCAGUCCUACCGGGAGCAGAGCAGCUACCAUGGGAACCAGAGGCUGCUGCACCAAGAGGCCCAGGAGACGUCGCGCCUGGGAGACCACAACCAGUACCACCAGGGUCAGAUGUUCAGCGGCUACACCAACCGACCGGUCAGCGAGAGCUGCGACCAGCAGCUGUACCAACCCUUCCGGAGGGAUCCCACCGACUACUAUUACUCCAGGGGGAAGGAGCUGACAGCUACCCAGGCUCAGCGCAGGCUGGCUGGGCGUCUGCAGACCGGUUACGGAGCCCAGCCGGCUGCUGGCUACUCAGUGCAGUACCUCAGCGAGGGCCAGUGGCGGAUGCCCCACACCGCCAUGCCCGGCUACAGCCACUUCGAGCAGGACGUGUACGCCAGUCAGUUUUCCCCCGGCGCCGUGCAGCAACAGUUGCGACAUCAGACCUUCCAGGCAACCCCAGGCAGCCAAGUCCCUUCCUCUUCCGCUCACCUCUCCCAGCUCAUCCACCAGUCGGGCUCCGGCCUGCUGGCCAAGUACCAGCACCGCGCAGCCCAGUAUAACCCCCAGCAGUUCCAGUCCUCUUCCUCCAUCUCCACCACCACUACCACUGCCUCUACCACCUCCUCCUCCUCCUCCCCCUCCUCCUACCUGUCUCCUCAAGGCUACAGCCAGCCUCCCGGGCAGGCGUUCGAUGGCUAUCACACCAGUGCCGGCGGCCAGUGCGAUGGCUACCCGGUCAAUGCCACAGUUGCCGCUGGUUACGGGACCCAAGCAGGGUACAGCUACCAGCCGCCUGUAUCUAAACCCUGCUUCGAACAGGCGAAGCCACUGGCAGGCCAGCAACACCGGGUCCUGCAAUACUCCACACCCGCCAAGCUGGCUCUGCUCAACCAGCAGUUUGCUUCCUACUGUUCGGCCGACAUUCCCGCCAAGUCGCCCAUGCCAUUCCAUCAGAACUUCAGCCCCGGAUCCAACCCGUCUCCAGCCACCCCGGUGGCCCAGUCGCCCUCGUGCAGCUCCACCCCGUCCCCUCUGUUGGUCAACAGCGACAGCCUUCAGUGCGGGGCGGGAUCCAUGGGCAUGGUGGCGAGGAGCCGCAUCUUGCAGCAGAUGCACGAACCUAGCCCCACACCAGCGGGGCUGAUGCCUAGUCCCACACCAGCGGGGCUGAUGCCUAGUCCCACGGCAGCAAGUCUGAUGCCCAGUCCCAGCUCCCAGUCCGGGGCCUACGAAGGCUUUGGUCUAGAGGGGGGUGGGGAGAAGCGGGUGUCCGACUUGGGCCUGAGCAGCCUGACGGCCCUGAGCUCGCAGGUGGCCAACAUCCCCAACACCGUGCAGCACCUGCUGAUCUCCGACUCGCUGGCGCUGCACCGCAGGCACGCCCGCCGCACCGCCAAGAGGCCUGGGGCCCUGGGCGAGCUUCCUGGCCCCGAGGAGCAGCUGAAAUCUCCACAUGCCGAGUCCCUGGACGGCGGCUGCUCCAGCUCAUCGGAGGACCACGCCGAGCGGGUACGGCAGCUCAGCGGGCAGAGCUGCUGCUCGGACCAGGCCUUCAAGCACCGCAACCCCGACGCCGUCAACGCCCUCUGCUCGCCGGUCGGCUCCCACGGCAACGGCGCUGGCCGGCCCCUGUCCAAGGAGGAGCUGAUGGUCCAGAUGUGCCAGGAGGGCAAAGGUGGCGCCAUGGCAUCGCUGGCUGAGCAGGCGGCCCGGCGGGGUGAAAAACCGGUGGGAGUCAUCGUGUCCCGGGAAGCCAUGGGCGGCAGGGAGGAUGUGCUGGGCAUGGCUGGGCAAGAGGACGAGCACUCGAGGCAGACCCCCUUCCCUGUCGGCAACGAGAAAGCUCCCGGACGCAACCAGCAACCAAACAGCCGUGGCGGUGCGGUGAUAUCGGCCGCCCAGAAUGGGAAUGGCCUUGGGCACCAAGGAGCCACCUUGCCCAACGACCCCAUGGCUGCCAGGCUGGACUCGGCUAAGUCGCCCAGUUGCCUGGUGUACGGUUUCCGUGACAUGCCGAGGAACGAAGGCGGCUACCAUCAGAUGCAGUACCCGGCCGUUCCUUACGGCCAGGCCGAGCCCGACCAGUUCACUCUUGGAGACCGGAAGGUGGCCCCAAGUAAGGCUGAGAAGAGCCACAGCUUGCUCCAAGAAGCUUUGCAAGCCAACUAUCCCGGGAGAAAGUUUCACCCAAAUUACCUCCCCGACCUGCAAUAUUCGGGAUUCCUGGAUCCCUCGCAGCAGCCGGGCUACCCAGUGCGGCAAAUGAUCGAGCUGGCGAGGAAGGACGUGCACGGCAGUGCCCUGGCACCACCCUCUAGCUGGGGCGAUGGGAGAGUACCCGGCUUUGGCACCGAGCAGGCCAGGGCUGACCUGGAGGCCCAACUGGAAAGCGUGAUGUCGGAGAGGAAGUCUGUCAUCUGCGACGUUUCCCCCUCCCGGCCCUUUGGCCGGAGCUCCAUGCCGCUGAGCUGCGGGCAGUCUCACGACCAAGACUUUGUCCGCAACGUGAAGGGAGAAGAUAGAUUUUGCAAAGCAGGCCAGUCUGUCAUCCAGCCAGGUAUACCAAUGAUGACUGAAGCACGAAUCAAAGGUGAGAUGGGCCAAAGCCUGUGUCAGCAAAGGCCCUCUGGUCACCUUGACAGCCGAGAUGGCAGGACACUCUCUCCCCACUGGAAGUACGAUCCUUCAGACCUGGUCAGGGGUUCCACCAUGAUUUCCACUCCACUGCCCAUGGGACCCACCACCAGCUUUCCCCACCAAGCCCUGAACAACCGAUCCACCAGGGGGCGCCGCCCGUACGGAAGGGGGGCAGGUAGAGGCGGAGGGAGGAAGAGGAGACCUUCGGCGCGGGCGGACGGGAACACUUUCCUGACCAGAGCGCCAUUUGUCAAGCAGGAAGUGAUGCCAGAAGCUGGCAGAGUUGGGCAUUUCGGCCAACCUUGCGAUCACAUGCCGCCCUCGUUGGACAGGGUCACCAUGUAUCCCGGUUCUGCAAACUCGGACACGCUGUCCUCCCUGUUAACCAAGCAAGUCAACUCUUGUCCCUCGGGUAUGGAGCCAGAAGCCACCAUGAGGUAUCCAAUUCAUUCACAGAGGCAAAUGCAGAAUCCUGAAGGGAUGGGCGGCUGGGCAGACACAAUUGAUGGGAAAAACCCGGCUCCCGAGAUCUGCAGGAGCGGGAUGCUGAAAGAGCCAAGGCUCUUUGAGGCCACGCAACAGGACACGAGUGGUCAUCCUUCAUUGCAGAUGUUUUCACCUCAGGGUCAUGACAUCCAAAGCCCACAGCUGGCUGAACAGUCAAUACGUCAAGAGGACGCCGCGGUUCAAUCCUCCAUUUUGUCGAGGAGGAGGAUAAGAUCUUUUAUAUCGCCUAUUCCAGCCAAACGAUUUUGCCAAGAGCCAAAAGCCAAGGAUUCGAUGACCCCCUGUGACCCCAACAACUCGCAGUGCAGUGUCGGCCCGAUCCCGGUGCACAAUGCCGAGCCUGGCGAUGAGUGCCAGCAGAUGAACGAUGAGAAGGGCAGCCCCGGUGGGAGCCUGUCUCCAGCCGCUUCCCUCGCCAGUCCCGGCAAGACCAAAACCCUGCCGCCGCGGAAGGGCCGCGGCCUGAAGCUGGAAGCCAUCGUCCAGAAGAUCACGUCGCCCAAUGGCCGUAAGUUUCCCCCGACUGGGAUGCUGGAUGGGGCCUCCGACAGCCUGACACUAGAGGACAUCCUGUCUGUCAAUGAGGCAGGGUGGGAGAGGACCAGUGCGGCCAUGGUGCUGCCUGGGUUCAAGUUGGACGCUGAUGCCAAGGAGGGAGACAUGGAGGCGCGUGGCCCCGGUUGUACCGGCGAGGUGGGCCACGCCAACUUCUCCCAGAUUUGCAAAGACUCUGUGCCAUCCGCUCGGGCACCACAUCAUCCCGACUCCAAGCAGUGCGGCCCCCCUUGCCCUCUGCCCUGCUCCCUGGCGCACCACGCUGGCGAAGAUGCCACUGGCAUCACCCCCAAGGUGGAGGCGUCCAUAAAAGGCUACUUCCCUUCGGGCAAGAAGCGAGGAAGGCCGCUGGGUAGCAUCAACAAGCAGAAGCGGCAUCGGCAGGAGUGCCAGGACCCACCGACCCUGGAGGAGGCGGAGGAGGAGGAGGCCAAACCCAAGGUGGUGCCCGAGAGUAAGAAACCGGCCUCCCACCAGCGGAGGCGCCGCAAGAGGCUCGAGGGUCCCAUGGUGCUGCCCGUAGAGCCGGACAUUAAACUGAAGCACACUAUUCGAACUGUACGCUGGAGGCGGGUAGAAACCCAGGACAAAGGCUUCUCUCCGUACGUGCUGCUGGAGAGGAAGCGAGAGGCUGCCCUCUGCACCAUUAUCAACAACCACGAUGAUCAAAACAGGGCCCAGAAAGGGGUGAAGGGGGAGCAGGGCCUGGCCUGCACCCCACCGCCCAGUUGCGCUGGCAAGGCCUUGCCCACGUCCUCGCAUAUGGUGCAGGGCCCGGUGGUGACUGACUCCUCCACCCUUGGCGUGGUGCUCUGCUGCCUGUGCGGCAAGUGCGCCAAUCACCGUGACCUGGGCGACCUUUAUGGACCCUACUACCCGCACCAGUACGCUGCCACCCUGCCCAAGAACCCACCCCCGAAGAAGAUGGUGCCGGUGCCCAGCAGGGUGGUGAGGCACCGGAGCAUGCCCGACCUGCUGAAGACUAGCCAGUCGGGAGACGAGGGCAAGGAGUUUGGGACUGUCCCGGGGCACCCCAGGUUCAAAAGGCGCCACUACAGCGAAGAUUGCACCCCUUCCUGGGCUAGUCCCAGGAGCAGCAAAGGGCACCGGCACUGCCACUGCUGCGUAAAGACUUCUGUCGACUCACGGACUCAGAGAUUUAAAAGUGAGCUCGGCCCGCAGGUGGAGCUGCAGCUCCCUCAACUACCUCUCGACCCCAACGAACUGUGGAUCCAUGAGUCCUGUGUGCUCUGGGCCAGCGGGGUCUACCUGAUCUCUGGGAGACUCUACGGACUGCAAGAGGCUGUAGAAAUGGCCAGAGAAACGAAAUGCUCACACUGCCAGGAGCCUGGCGCUACCCUGGGCUGCUACUGCAAGGGAUGCCCUCUCAACUACCACUACAUCUGUGCUAUGGAAGCAGAUUGCUUCCUGAAUGAAGAGAAUUUCUCCAUGAAAUGUCCCAAACAUAAGCACAGGGCUACAAAAGGUAGCAGCACAGAGCAGUCGGAGCGAGGCUGAGCACAGGCCUCCACUUCUCUACGGACACAGCACAAGCAGGUCCUCCUGUUGAGAGGCGGUGAAUCUGACACCAUUACGCGAUCGGACGGGGUGACUCCAUGGGCGUGUCUGUCGGCCCUCAGACGACCAGCGUUUGCUGCAACCACCAAGAACUGCCGGUCAGAGGACCCGGAGCAAAAAAUAACCCUGGACCUGUGCGCUUGCAGCCCCGAUAUCCACAAACCACAGGGCAGUGAACAAAACAAGAGGCCAUCGCGCGACUGG